AUGAAGAGAACCGUAACAGAGAUAGGAAAUAAAAGAUCCUUCUGUGAAGAGGGUCAUGAUUUAUCGAGAUCAAAGAGACUGCGCAUGUCUGUUGAAGGACAAGGAUGCAUCGUAAGAAAUGACAGUGGAACAUGGCAGUCACGUGGGUUUUCCCCGGAGAGAAGACGAGAAAUUGACAGAAAUGGAAGAGAAAGUCAUGGGGAAGCUGGAAUUCAACAAAAAAGAGAUCCAAAGCCUCUCAAUUACAUGGCAUUGGAUAAAAUCUGCAAUUCAAACUCUCCUGAUGAAGGCAUAUUGGAUCUCUUCAACAAUUCUAAACGAUUUGAGGCUCUGCUGAAGACAGAAACAAUACGACCCGAUCUGAUGAAGCUUGUUAUUCGAGCCAUACACGUGUGCUGCUCACCAAAUGAUAAGAAAGAGAUUGCUAACAAAAUGCUACGUAUGGUAAUUAAAACAAAUUGCCUGCAAUUGCAUCUUACCAAGUUUAUCAGCCAAAUGUCCGACGUUUCAGAGCUUGGUGACAAUUACGAGCCUGAUAAACUGGUCUUGCUGAUAGCAGAGGUUUUCCUGGAGUUGUUGCAGAGAUUUGAACAGGACGUAAUUCACCUCAUUCCCAAUGCCCAACUGAAUGAGACGGUGGAAGAUCUGAAGAGUAAGGGUCUCCUUAAAGACGCAGAGACGUUGGAGAAGAAACUUAAACAGGUCAAGGAGUACAAAGAUGAAAUAAAUCGCCGGAAAACAACUCACCCAGACGAAUCUCAGCUAACGCCACCCGAGGAUUUUCGCGAUAUGAGCGUGAUCCCACGAGUAGCUGAUUUAGAACCCCGUAACAAGCCGUUUCUUCGUAAAAACGUUGUUGAUGGAAGGUACUUAGACCAGGAGCACUAUUUAGACGUGCAAUUUCGACUUUUAAGAGAAGACUUCAUCUUACCUCUUCGCAAUGGAAUAAAACAGCUUAAAAGGGACCGCAGUCCCACGGCAGCAAGUAACCCAAGCCACGGUAAACGUGCACGAGACGUUCCUGUGUACCGUAACGUCACAAUCUUAUACCCCGUAUGUAGUGGAAAGGGAAUGGUUUACAGAAUCCGGUUCGACUCGUUUCACCCGGAUGCACGUUGCGUGAAAUGGGAGAAGAAGAGCAAGCUUUUCAAGUUUGGCUCCCUCCUUUGCCUUUCAGCCGACGGAUUUCGCAAUCUCUUACUUGCGACCGUGGAGAAUCGAGAUUCACGCGACCUUUGUGUUGGCGAGCUUGAAGUGCGAUUUGAAGAAGCUAAUCUUGAAAUCCUGAAUCAAUUCAUAGAGGAUAAAGAGCAGUUUGAUAUGGUAGAGUCCCCAGCGUUCUUCCAGGCCUAUAGACACGUUUUAGAAGGCUUGCAAGGAAUUAAGGAUGGUGAACUUCCGUUUGCAGAGCAUAUCGUUCAAUGCAACCAAGAUGUAAAGCCACCUGCUUAUGAAAACAAAACCAAUGGUUUUUUCGACAUGAGUGGAAUAAUAGAACAAGAAGUGGACUUGACAACAUCCCGAGCAAGUAACGCUAUGGAAAUCAUGGAAGCUGAGUCAGUUUCUAGCGAAGAUAGUGUCAUCUCCGAUUAUCGCGAUUUACUCAAUCGUGAUUGGGGGUCGGAUACAGAAGAUGCUGAGUGGAGUAUGCCCGAUCUCGAGUUGCUGUCCGAAGAAAAUUCAGCCAGUUCGGGCAGUGAUUUGGACUCCGUUGCCACAGAUGAACUUUCAAUUGACGGUAACGAAGGUUCCAAUGAAGGACCUCCAGCAGACGACCGACCCGCUGGUGUCUUAAAUAUUUACGACUUGGAACUCAAUCCAGAAGACCUAGGCUUUAAUAAGUCGCAGAUGAGCGCGUUCAAAAUGGCACUGACCAAAAAUUUUGCGGUCAUACAAGGCCCACCAGGUACUGGGAAGACGUACGUUGGUCAGAAGAUAGCGCGUGUUCUGCUACAAAGCGGCACCUUGCGGCAGAACGAAAAUGAACCGUCGCCAAUUUUGAUGGUGUCUUACACGAACCACGCCUUGGACGAUUUCUUGAGUGGUCUUCCUAGAGAAGGUAAGGAAGUAAAAAUUUUUGUAAUCUGCGAUCCUCUUUCUCCCCCCCAAAAAAGCAGAAAUGUAUUAUUUCAGCUGUUCUCGAAUCUUUACAGCGGUAAUCUAAGAUUAGUAGAGAAGUCUCGAUUGAAGGUCGAAAGUAAUCUAGAAUUGCAUUGGCGGUUUCUUAUGGUGCUAAACCAAUAUAAUUAGAAGGUAAUCCUAACUCGUCUUGACUCCGUCAUCUACAUCUUUAAAUCUAUUGCAAUUGUUUUCAUGAAGUUCUGAUUGGUUCUUUGUGAUCUUUGGCUUUUUGCCUUUUUGAUUUUUUGAUUGAUUCCUUGUGAUCUUUGCCUUUUUGAUUGAAUGUUGUUGAUAAUCUGAUUUUUGCUUUGCAACACUCGAGAGGAGAGCGCUCCAAACAACGAGGAGUUUUUCUCUCCCUUCUACCAGCCCUUUGAUUUCUUCAAUGACAGAUCACUUUGACCUUAGCGCUUUUUGAUUGAGGGUUUUUUUUAUCAGAUUGUUUAUAUUCUAAAUAGAAGAUUGCUUCGAGAAAAAGAAGUAUAUUUUUAACGAGGCGUUUGAUGAACGUGCAUUUAUGAUAAUAAUUCUAAGACUUUGAUCUGUAAUGUCUGCUCUCAACAGGUAUCGUGCGUGUCGGUGGACGCAGCAGUGAAAAGUUGAAAGGCUGCACCCUGAGGGACCGGCGGGAGCAGGCGGCUACCAACAAGCUUACUCCUUUCGCGAUAUACAGUGCAAGAAAAAACGCUCAACGGGAGAUCAAAGAACUAAACAAAGAUGGAUCCUUGGAUCUCUGUGUUGCUGUCCUGAAGUACUCCAGAAGGAAGAUUCUGGCCUUUCGCAUACUGGAGAAGUUCAUGUUAGCUCGUCAUGUCAAGUGGUUCAAAGAUUCGCAAGAAAACGAGGAUUCCCUGUUGUGUGAAUGUUAGACUUACAUUACGAUACGAAGUGGAAGGAUUCCAAGAGCAAUGGACAUGAUAUGGACAGGGACAAAGAUUUUCAUUUGCAGGAGUCAGCUCGGAAUUUCUCGAACGAAGAGGAUUACGAAGACAUUGAGGAGGACGAAGCGGUGAAGCCAUCAGAGGUGACUAUCGGAACAACUGAAGACACUACAGCACCGCUUAAACUUCGCAGAAAACUUCUGAGAGAUGAAGCCAUGAGUGAACGCGAAGAGAGAAAUAGUCAGUACAACCCGUUAGGAUUUUCGCGAUUUCAGCGAUGGAAUCUGUACAGGUCGUGGCUUCAGAAGGCAGAGAAAUACUACAUGAAGAAACUUCAGAGCAAACAGCCAGAUUACGAAAGAGCAUUGGCGCGUAAGUUUGAAGUGAUGCUCGAGGAAGACUUUCAUGUUCUUCAAAGUGCGAAGAUCAUUGGAAUGACUACUACUUGUGCCGCCAGGUACCGCCGCACACUUCAGCGGAUUCGUCCUAAAAUUGUACUGGUUGAAGAAGCGGCUGAAGUGCUGGAGGCCCACAUAAUUACGUCACUGACCAAAGACUGUCAGCAUUUAAUUUUGAUUGGUGAUCACAAGCAACUCAGACCUAAGCCGGAAGUUUAUGAAUUAGCUAAGAAGUACCAUCUGGAUGUGUCCCUGUUUGAAAGAGUGGUCAGUGUGGGUCUUCAGUGUGAGACCCUCAACGUACAGCAUCGUAUGAGACCUGAAAUUGCCGCCUUGAUGAAACAUAUCUAUGACGAUCUCGAGAAUCACGAGUCGGUAGAGAAAUAUGAAGACAUCAAAGGAAUCAAGAAGAACAUGUUCUUUAUCAACCACAGUCAUUUGGAGAAUCAUUGUGAAGAUUCCCACAGUCACGUGAAUGACUACGAGGUUAAGUUUGUGGUGGCCUUGUGUCGUUAUCUGUUGCAGCAAGGUUAUGAAGCCCAUCAAAUUACCCUUUUGACAACAUAUACAGGACAAAUGUUUGCCAUCAGAGGCUGCCUUCAAAAAAAAGAAAUUGAAGAGCUCAACCAAGUGCGCCUGACAACAGUCGACAACUUUCAAGGUGAAGAAAACGACGUCAUUCUUCUCUCGCUCGUGCGGAGCAACAAAGAUGACAAGGCUGGCUUCAUCAAGAUGGAAAACCGUGCAUGCGUGGCGCUCUCUCGUGCCAGAAAGGGCUUCUACUGUAUUGGAAACUUCACCCUUCUCUGCAAACACAGUGAAGUCUGGAGAAAGAUUAUUGACGAUUUGAAAGCGAGUGAUAGCUUUGGGGUGUCCUUACCCCUUAUCUGUCAAAGCCACAAUGAAGAGAUCACAGCAGAAACAGCCGAAGAUUUCGAAGAGAAAGCUCCUGACGGGGGAUGUCAGCGUCCUUGCGAAGUGCGCCUGGAUUGCGGUCAUGCCUGCAAACGGUCAUGUCACCCUUAUGAUGUCGAUCACUUGGAGUAUCGCUGUGGAGAGCUGUGCGUCAAGAAAAUCGUUGGCUGUGACCACACGUGUUCAAAGGUUUGCUGGCAGAAAUGUGACACAUUCUGUCAAGAGGUGGUGGAGAAGACUCUACCAUCCUGUGGGCACAAGACAACCGUGAAAUGCGGCAGGGAUUUGAACAAGGUCCAGUGCGAAGAAAAAUGUGAAAAAAUUCUACCCUGUUCCCACCGCUGUCAGAACCACUGUGGUCAACCUUGCACAAGAGAAUGCCAGGAGCUUGUCAAGAGAACAGAUUGGCCAUGUGGACAUGAAGUCAGUAUUGCUUGUUCAGCAACACCGGCAGAUUGCACAACCCGUUGUCAGGACGUUUUGGAAUGCGGCCACCAGUGCCCUGGAACGUGUGGUGAGUGUCGCAUGGGUCGAGUUCAUAAGCGGUGUAAGAACAGGAGCAAGCAAGUACUGGUUUGUUCUCAUGGGUACACGUCAUCAUGCGCAAAAUCCUGCCCGCCAUGUGGGAUGUCAUGCGAAAACCGUUGUAGGCAUUCGAAGUGUAAACACCCCUGCAGUGAGUCGUGCAAGCCUUGCACAGAAAAGUGCAAUUGGAAAUGCCGACAUUACAGUUGUAGCAAGUUGUGUGGUGAGUUGUGCGAUCGCCCAAGAUGUGACAGGCCUUGCGAAAAGUUCCUCAAGUGCGGAAGUAAGAGUCGUCCCCAUCGCUGCCGAGGCUUGUGUGGAGAGGAGUGCAUUUGUGCCGUGUGCGAGAAAAACAAUGGCGACCCAAUCACCCAAAUAUUUUUAGGAGGAGAAGACGAACCAGAUGCGCGUUUCGUUCAGCUUCCGGACUGCAAACACAUCUUCGCUGUAAAAGAUCUUGAUUAGUAAGUAUGGUCUUCUAUAUUUGAAUUUUUCUUUCAUCCAACGCGGUAAUUAUUUGUAAACCCCAACGAAGCUAAACUAGAGUAGAGCCCCAUUCCAUGCAAUUGUGUGGCAAUUAAGAGCCGCUACAAGAGCGGAUCCUGGAAUCCCGUAGCCUAAAUAAUAUGAGACAGUGUCUCAAGACAAGUACAUUUUGAAUUACUUUAUUGAUUAGUAACGUGUGAUCCUUUUGUUGCUAGAAUUUUGGUAAGAGACAAAAAGCGACAAAACCCGCACGUCUGAUGAGCAAGGGAGGGGGCUGGUCCUGACCCCUGGACCCCCCCCCUGGAUCUGCUAUUGGGCCAUUAGGGCCAAAACUGUCAGAUCUUGGCCAUCAGCUUAAGGUUUCUCAGUGUGUUACGUGUGUGGGGUGAGUUUUAACAUGUUCGGUGAACAAUUUUAUCUCGUGUGAAUCAUUUAGUAGUCUUUAUUAUCACUAUUUCAUAGCUACAUGGAUACGUCCCAUCUAAACGAAGAGAACUGUGAAGUGAUUCAACUGAGAACUUGUCCUCGAUGCAAGAAGAGUAUCCGUAGGAGCCUGCGAUACGGUAAUAUUAUUAAAAAGCAGUUGUUUUACAUUGAAAAAGUCAAGGCUAAGGUCAACGGGAAUCCGGUUGAGAUCCAGGCUGCAAAGAAAGACUUGGAAACAAGUUUGAGAGCUUUGAAGCCGACGGAGGAUGAAAAGAAAGACUGGAACACACUAAUGAGACGUGUGACCAAAUUGUCGAACAUGUUUAUGGCAGCUGUCACCAAAAACCGGGUGAUGCUGAUGAAGAGAUUUGCCGAGAUAAACCAGAAGCUGAAUCAUAGAAUAUUUUUUAAGACUCAGAGCCAAGUCAGCAACGAAAGUCGUGUGGAAGGUACGUGCGCAUGUUUCUUUUUUUUUCCUAGUGUACCAAUGAAAUUACCGUCAGUAGCGACUUAGAUAAACGCCUCUGUUUGGGGAAAAUGAAACCUUUUAUGGUUUAUUGUGAAAGUUCCCUUACGGUUUUGGUUAACCUGCCACUGACAUACUGACUGUUCUGCACCUACGGGUAAGACACAGGUAGAAUUGAAGAUCAACCACGGGAAUCAAGGAUUCGAGAAUUUAUUUGCACUACAUUCGAUCUGGUCGAACAUAUAUAUAUGUAUGUAUAUAAAAUUGUUACUAGUACUCUCAGGCCAAGAAAAGGUGUACCGCACCGCGCCAGGAGGAUCAAAAAAGAUUCGCAGUCCAAACCUCACUUCAAACACGAACGUAGAGAGCCAAAAAAAUGCGGGGAUGGAGAACUUCUGACGUAAAAAAGAUAAACAAUUUAAUAAAAACGUUUUGGUCAGAGACCUUCAGUUAUUUACAACUUUUCAAUAAAAAAGAGCUUUAAAUAAGAUCGAUGUGCUAAUGAUUACGUAAUUACAGGUCACAACUAAUGAAUAAGGGACAAAAUCACGCGAAAGAGCAGAAAGUGGUGUUAAUAAAAAGAUGACAAAAAACGAAAUCAACAAAGCGAAAAAUAUCGAAAAAAACAAGCCACAAAGAAAAUGAUGGACAAAAUACGAGAGAUAAAGCUUAAAAAAUAAAAACUAAAAAACUAAACUUGCUGAAACGAAUAGCGCAACUGAAGAGGCAAUGCGGCAAGCAUUAUAAAAGGAUAGACCCCCUCUAACCUACAACUGUAAACCGUACCAAAAUCCCAAAACAAGGCCAUUGGAGCCUGAAAGGGCAAAUUAGCAACAAAAUCCCUGGAAGGGCCCUUAAAAAAUAUUAAACAUAAUAAGAUCUCUUGGCAGGGCCUUUGAGUCCAAUAAAUAUAUAUAUAUAUAUGCGUAUACAGUCAACUGAAAUUACAAAAAUUAUAAGAAAACAAGUUACAAUAGUGUACGUUUGUGAACGCGAAGGCAAAACGAUAAUACUUACAAUUUGUAUCUAUCAGUCCUUCAGUUCCCGAUUAAUUACAGUUCAAACUUCACUUCUUCAAACAAUCGUAGUUCUGAUCUCUCCCUCUGCUCGUUACAAUAUUUAUUCGCGUCCUUUUUAUGUAACGUUUACGCAAUGGAGGCAUAUAUUUUCACGAAACUAUGUAAAUAUUCUGCGCGAAAUGCCGAUCGCAUCUUAAGGUACUCACAAAUAUAAUGUUUCAUGACAAUGUUUCUGAGAAUGCGGAUUAAUUAACUAGAAAAUGAUUCCGUUAAUGUAUCCUCAAAGGGAUAAGCCUAGUAGUCGUAACACAAUUACACUAAACUAUGUAAAUAGUCUGUGUGAAAUACAGAUCACUGACAUAGCCUCCCCCUCCCCCUGCUAUUGCUAUAACAUUUUCUUUUGCCCAUUGCAUAGUAUGUGAUAACUUUUUUAGGCACAGGUCUUAUUUAUCGCCACGGAGGGGGAUGGGCUGUGGAGGAUUUUGGUUGUGUCACGACAAUUUACCUGAUCCCCCCUGAGGCUCUGUAAUAUUCUAAUGAUUCCCCCCCCCCCAAGUUGGCUGUUAAUUGGCAAUCAAGUCUCUAUAGUCCCUCCUCCCUUCCCCCCCCAGGUGAUAGAUAAUGACUGGUCCUUAACUCCCAUCAGCUAAUACUCCCCUUAUUGAUAUUUUACUUUAUUCUCAUCACUUCUGUGCUUGAUAUUGUAUUGAUAUGAUGAGGAGAAAUUCCCUCUUGGUCACUCAUGAGAGGUAAAGGGUUAAGGAGUUGUGAUCUCACGACGAAUUUUUGUUUUAAAUGUGAGCCUACGAGUAUCUUCCAUAAUAAUUGUUCGCUUCCUUCAGAGUAUCAUUGGUUACUUUUGGUGUCAUUUGGUAGGGUACUCCUUGCAAAAAGAUUUGAAGUAUUUGAAGGAGCGUGCUAUGUCAGGAGAAGUCACGGAGCGAGAGCUGCAAGACAUAAACCUGGAAUGUAGCAGGGUUAAUCUACGAUUUGAGCUGUGUUUGCUGAAACACGACAUCGAAAGCAUCAACCUGACUUCGGAGGAAUCGCAUGGUCAGAUGAUGAGAGAUGUUCGCGAUGAGCUGUCCAGCGGUAAACUAAUUCAAUCCGAGAGGUUGGACGAGCUGUUAGAUAUGCUGUCGGGAAUCAGGUGCGUUACUUGACAGUGUUUUUUGUCUUUUAAGGCAUUUUUAAAAGUUUCUCUAUGACUUAUACGGCCUCGUGCACGUUUUUAUUGGUAAUUAUUAGACAAGAAUGCCCUUACGAGGAUAAGCGAUGGCGUAAGCAGGGCCAGAUAAAGCCUUGCGGCCGCGCAAGAUGCGAGCUAAAAGAAGAAUUGAGGGAAAUAAAAGAGCGGCGGUCAUAUAAUAAAAUGCCUUUUGACUGAGUUAGGUCGGACCGGGUGAGAAAAUAUUUGACUCUUUGUCACGACGCGAGGAUCACGCAACGCUCGGUCCGUAAAUCAUAAAAUGCCCCAACGGGCCGUCUGGUCCUCUCACUCGGUCAAUAGUUACAUAUGACGUGCCUUUUGUACGCGCUCGAGGUGGGGUAAAAAACAUGUCUCCCUGCCACCACACCUACUCCCAGGAAAAAACUUUUACACCACUAAACAAACGGUCGAGAUGCAAAUAGCAAGAGUUGAAUCUUUGCGAGUUACUGAUCGCGAAAACUUUUUCUUAAAUCUCUCUAUUAUUCUGGGUGUCUUCACUUUUGGUUACCUAAUUUGUGAGCAUCGAGGCUCAGAAUUGCUAUGCAAGUGAUCUGUUUGGUCUUUCCGUUUGAAGGAGACACAAGAAAUUUGCGUCAUUUUAGGAUUUUUAUAUUGACGACAAUAACGACGACGACUAGGAUAGUAAAGAUAAUACGUUUUGCACUACUUACAUUUUAGAAAAGCAUACCCAUGUCUGUUACCGUUGACACCGGAAGAAAAACAACAGAUCGUGAGCGCCAUGGGCCUCAAACAAGGUCAUUGGUACAAAUGUCCCCAGGGACAUAUUUACGCCAUUACUGAGUGUGGCGGCGCAAUGGAGAAAAGCACUUGUCCUGAUUGCGGAGCUGUGAUUGGUGGAGAAAAUCACAGACUGGUAGAAGACAACCAAGUGGCGACGGAGAUGGAUGGUGCGAGACACCCUGCCUGGUCUGAACAGGCAAACAUGGAAAAUUACAUGAUCGUGGAUGAGGCGUAAAAAGGUUUAAAACUGAGUUUUAAAAGUAAUCGGCAGCUUUCUGAUUAUACUUUAAGUAGACUCUUUGGACAGUGUAUCUAGAGAGGCAGACCUAAACCAAUUGUGAUUUGUUCUCUUGCGUACCGUGCACUUAGCGAAGGCUAAGCGCAAUAAACUUUUACUUCGAUUUGCAUGCAAUAGUUUCAGCUCAUUAAUUAUGCGUUCAGUAGACAAUUUGGGCGAUGUGCUUUGAGAGGCUAAGCUAAAUUACCGUGAAUUUUUGUUCUUUCGCGUGCUGCGUGCUCAGCGAAACAUAAGCGAAAUGUUUACGUCGAUUUGCUUGCAUAGCGUCAAUUUAAAGCGCGAGGCUAAUGAAUUUUAACGCAGACUUGUUGAUUUGGAGUCAAGCUUCAGUAAACCCGUGUUUGAGCUUUAAAUUUUUUUUCUGUGCAUACGAAAGCUUGUCAGUAGGCUGUUAGUAGAAAACACGCAGUCUGUUGUUACUUGGUGUCCAUCCCCGGGGGGGGGGGGAGAGGUUUCUUCCUGGUAAUUUUCUUUUGGGGAUUUGCCGCUGGAUGGGUCGCAUGUUUACUGCUGGAUUAAGUAUAAUGGAAUUUCAUUCUCAUCAUAGUUGUGGUCGCACGUUUUUGGGGGAUUCUGGGUAAGAAAAUUUUGGUUAGUAGGAAUUUAGAAAUGGGAAAAUUGGCGGUUGAAAAAGGGAUUAAGGUGCUGUUUGUAAAUGGCCACAGAGUAGAAUAUAAUGGGGUCAGGGGCUCUGAAAGGUCUGCGGCAUAUAACUAGAAAAAAUUGACCUAACUUAUUCCCCUUACCCUUCGGGUGUCCAAAGCAGUCUUUUUGUAUUGAAACAAGUAGGAAAUACUUGCUCUGAUCGCAAAUAGCUUUCAUUGGGAGUGUGAUUGAUUAUCACUUCUUAAUUUGUACACAGCUUUCUUGGAGCCAGCUCAGUUCAAACCUAAUCUGUGAAACUCGAAUAAACUGAGAGGGAAAAAGAUCAAUAAAAGCGUGCUGGGUGUUGACAAGAGAAUAUAAACUUUUUAUAUUUUCUUGGUGUAGAUCAAGUCAAAAUACCGUUGUCAGGAAAGAUUAAAUCUUUUGAUAGGUUCUCGACACCAAAACAUUUUUUUCCCCUGACGAGUUUUCUAGAGGUUUCUGCUUUUUAUUCUCCUUAUUUGCCCUCAAAGAAAAAUUCCAAAAAAUUUCUCCUCUGAAUAUUGGAAGAAAAACUGCCACAAAAAUGUAGUGGCGUCAGUCACGUUCGCUUAUCUUGCGUGACUCAUACAAUCAGUUCUCUUGGAAUCAGUAUAUUUCGAGAAACAGUGUUAGCCGGUGAUGAAUAAGUUAUAUUUGCUUUCCCCGUUUUAACUCUUUUUGCUGAUACGAGAAAUGAUCCUGAUUACUUCUAUGGAGAUCCAGGAGAGAAAAAUAUUAAUUUGAUUAAGCAUAUUGCAAAAAAGGGCAAUCCUUGUGAAGAGAAAACUAAUGCGCUAGACACUUGAGAAAGGGUCUCGCUAGAUCCUUGCGUAGUCGAUCGAUCCUUUUUUUUGUUGUUGUUGUAAACAAAUGUUUUUUUCGACAUAUUUCCCUCAAGAAACUACUUACGAACAAACUACUUCCUUUCCACACAUAAUCCUCAGUUUAUUGGUUUUGAUUGACUCCCGGAUCAUGUCAAUGAAAUUCGACAAAUUCGACCCUUUUUAGUGAUCAACUCUGAACAUUCAGCCAAUCACGAGGAAGACGCUUUUCUCAGAAUUGUUGAAAUGAAGCUUCGAGGACGGUUCUGCGAAAUGUGAAGCACAGAUGCUGGCCUUAUUUUCCUUGUCUUCUCUGGAGAAAGUUCUUUUCAACGGCUUUGAGUGAAGUCUAGGUAUGUAGAAGUUGAUUUUAUAUUAAGUGGAGAAUUGAUUGCGGUACUGUGUUGAAAACAACUGAUGCAGAACGGCCUUGAAUUUCACUGGUAGCCAUUUAAAACGUAAUAAUAAUUUUAGACCGAUGUAGGGAAGAAUUGUCUAAGUUUUUGAUUAAUUAAUCGUCACGUAGGCUAUAAUGUUAUUACAAAGAAAAAGUGUUAGAAGAAUGAGAACUUGAAUAAGAGAACAGUUUUUUUGUAUAUAUAUAAUUUCUAAAUAACUUAUGUACGGUAUGUUACACUGUCAGUCAGUUAUAUCACUGAAGUCCAAAUUUAAACAGUUGUUUGUUGUUCUGAGAAAAAAAUGCUUUACUGCUAUAUGCAAAUGAGUGCUUUCAAUAAAAAUGAAUUGUAUUAAAUCUUCAGGAGACAAUUGGAAAUUUGUUUGGUGGGUCAGUGGAAAUUAUUUUUAACAAAAUUAAAUUUAUAAUGCUUUGUUUAUAUGUAAAUUUUUGGUGAACAUGUUUCUUAACUAACCAGCUUAUUACAGCAUGUGGUAAUUUCAUUCAUUUUUUUCGCAAUUUUUCUUUUGUUGAUUUCAUACCUCGCCAAGUUGCAUAUUUCUUAAAGAAGAAAAAAGAUCCUGUUUUGAGUGAAGGUAAAAUAUUGGAUUUUUACACGGGCAUAAUGGUAGAACUUUUCGUGUUUUAGUCUCAUUUUUCAAUGUCGUUUUAUCAGUGACUAUUACUGACCUGUAUUUACAGUUGAAUUUA